UUUUAGAUGAACGCCUGGCGGUUUUUACCUCCUCGUGUGCAAGAUAGUAGUUGACAAACUUUUACAAAACGGCAAUUUAAUUUGGCAAAAAUAUUGUCUUUUUUUAUUGUUUUACCCACAAUGGCAGGUUUAGAGGUUCUCUCACCCGAGGGACUGCGAAUCGAUGGGAGAAAGGCAAGUGAACUUCGUAAAAUGGUAUGCAAAGUUGGAGUGUUGUCGCAAGCAGACGGCUCGGCCUACAUAGAAAUGGGUAAUACGAAGGCUUUAGCCACCGUCUAUGGCCCCCACGAGGUCCAGAACAAGGCGAAAGCGCUACACGAUCGAGUCCUGUUGAACGUACAAUUUGGCAUGGCGACGUUCAGUACAGGAGAACGCAAGAAGAAACCACGCGGCGAUCGCAAAGCUACCGAAUUAUCCAUGAUGGUUAGGAGGACAUUUGAGGCUGCGAUCCUGAUAAAUCUUUAUCCGCGAUCGCAGAUAGAUAUUUACGUUCAGGUUCUACAAGCUGAUGGUGGCAAUCAUGUGGCAUGCAUAAAUGCAGUGACGCUUGCCUUGAUAAAUGCAGGAAUCCCACUAAAGGACUAUGUUAGUGCUUGCACUGUUAGUUUUGUCAAUGACACCCCUCUUAUGGACAUCAAUUAUUUAGAGGAGUCAACUGGUGGGCCUCAACUCACCCUUGCUAUUCUUCCAAAAUCUGAUAAGAUUGUUUUAUUUCAAAUGGACUCUCGGCUUCACAUGGAUAAUAUGGACAAGGUGUUGGCUCUAGCUAUGAAAGGCUGCAAAGAUAUUUAUGUGCUUCUUCACAGAACCAUCCUUGAGGACGCCGAGGGGGCGGCAGUGCUAGUUAGUGCUGGUGCUCAGUGAUUACACAGAGAGUAAAAGGAUUAGAGUGUAAAGCCAUGAUCAAAAAGAGAUGAGAUUCGAUUGGAGUCUAUGACAGUUCCACUCUUUCUUGCUCUCACAGGAUUGCAACCGAAGAGUUGGUGAGAGUGAUUACCUCUUUUUUUUAAAUUAUUUGACUUCAGGAUUCAUCGCUGAGCUGGGAUUUACUUGUUAAAUUCAACUUUUUGUGAAAACUACUGACAUGCUGAGUUUGACAAUUUUCAAAGUGAAUUAGAAGUGAUAAAAGUCAAACAGUCAUAAAAGUCUGUUCAAUUGAGGCUUAUACUGUUCACAAGCAUAGAGAAAAAACAAUUGUGAAGAGCUGUCUCAUGAGUCAGUAAUCUUAGGUAGCUGAAUAAUUGGAGCAUCUUUGAGUAUAUUUUUUAACCAUAGAAAAUUACGAUUUGAAAAUUACUUGGAUGUGCAAAUUAGUUUUUAUUUAGUUACACAAUAAUCCAACCUUCUUGUCUAACAAAUAUUUUUUCAAUCUUG